GCCAUUUAAGAACUGUAGCUGAGGCUGACAAGGAGCAUUUUAUUCGUUUUGGGGUGUUGGAGAUAAGCGUUCCGUUAAGUGACGCGCUACUCUGCAAUUGUCUUAUUUGUCUUAUUAAUGACUAAAUUAUUUUUUUCGAGCAAAUAAUUAAUUAAAUUUUUUAAAAUAAUAGAGCAAUUUUUUUUUGUCGUUGUUUAGAGCAGACCGCUAGCACCUGGUCAAAUGCUCAUGGGUGUGCGCUGUAAACGCAGGGCUGUUAUGCAGCUUUGUUCUUCGUUUUUCUUAUCUCGCUACAUUUGUCGCGUUAUCUAUUCAGCUGAGCUACAGCGAAAACAUGUACACAAAUUUGAAGUCAAACUUUCGACAAGUCAGUUAUACAAAAUCGCUGCAACUCCGAGCACAGCUAAUAAAAUCAAGAAAUAAUUUCAAUGGAACCUAUCGUGCGUUUAAUUUAUAUUUCUAAACUAAAGGGUGGCAUUUUGGUUGUUUUCCCCAUUAACAUUUUGGUGACCCCGGCGUGAUAUUCGUUUAAUCGGAGUCUGCAUGUCGGUUUUUAACAUUGUUUAAUAUCGUUUAAGCAAUAACUUAUUUUCGCUGUCGUUUGCUGCAUCUCAGUCAGAAACACACGAACACUUUAUGUGCGCAUUUUCGCGCUGUGAAAGAGGCAAAACUGUGUUGGGCUGCAAACAUUAAACAUAAAAGGAAACGCAAUUAAUUUUUGUUAAACGCGUAUAUUGCAUACAUAUAUGUGUAAAUAGCCGUGUAUGUGUAUGGUCACAUACAUUACUUUGCCAAGUCAAUGCGCUGUUGCUAGGCAAAAAUUUCGGUAAAAAGAACAAAAACAAAGUCAAAGUUUCCGUUACGUUGUUGUCGACGCUCGGUGCAUUAACAUUUGCGCGGCAAUAGGCAUAGGGUGUUUCGUUUGCCUUCUGAAUCCGGUCAGAAAAUUAAAAAAUGGUUAACCCAGGAGACGCGAUUCAACCUAAAAAUGAUGCUCCCAGUGACAUCGAGUUUUACCGAGCCAAAGUGCGUUCCGUUUUGCGGCAGUUACACGCAAUGAAAGAUUACUUAACUGCUGGAGCUACUGAGCAGUUUGAUGAAUCUGAUGUCCUCGCGCGGCUGGAAUGGGUGAACUCUAUGAACUUGGAAUUCGAUUCUGCACAGACUUCGCUGGAAAAACUGGACUUUUCGGAGAUUAGUAAAAAUACGCGGUUUGAAUUUUCCGCAAUCUUAAUGGAUUUAAAGGCGAAACUAAAUCGGGCCCUAGCAGCUCUGCGCAAACUGCAUUUGCAGGAUUUAGGAAACCUCGAUUACCAAAUCUAGAGAUUGCUCGUUUUCAAGGAUCGUACUCAGAAUGGCCGGACUUUAUUGCAACUUUUAACACGGUCAUUGGAAAUAAUGACAAGCUAAGUGAUAUUGAAAAAUUACAAUUUUUGAGGUCCUCUUUAGGCGGCGUGGCUUUGGAAACCAUACGAUCGCUCGAGCCCUCAAAUGAAAAUUAUAAAAAGGCUUUAAAUUUACGAUCAUUUAGUGGAACGGUAGCUUUGGGGAGUUCGCUCUUGCAGCUAAGACACGAGUGAGCAAAACUGAGCAAAAAAGCGAAGCUUAAAUGUAUACAACAUAAUUUUAACCAUUUAAAGGUAACAACUGAAACCCUUUAAACGUUAAAAUUAGCGGGAUAAACACAAUAAACAAAACAAUAAAAUUUGAAUUUAAAGAUAAAAAGGCAGUGUGACUGUGAACUUAUUACCAAAAAAAAAGCAUCUCAAGCAUUGUCCAUAUAGUUGUCUCUGUCUCUGAGCUUUAAUAAAUUCAAUAAACAAUGUACUUUCAUACUUGUAUCAUCCCCAAAUCAACCGAUUUCAUUGCUCUGCAAUUUGAUAACCGACACUUUAGGUGACUAGAAGGGAUGCCUUGCAGAUCAGUACAAGAUUUUCUGAAAUGGACAAAUCCAGGAUCAUAAGAACCCUUUGAAAGUAAAACUUUUUUAAUACUACUUAAAUUGCGUGACCUUCAACAACCUGAUCAUGGAAGUCUUUUUCAUUGACAAGAAUACUCGCAUAGCCUGGAAGCUCCUACCCAAUAUGUCCUGGAUCCCUAGAUCCACAGUAAAAGUGAAAAAAAGAUUUUACCAUACUCAUUCUAAUGCUGCUAAAGCAAUAAAAAAAACAAUAUACCAAUAAUAAUAAAUGAGCAAAGAUAUUAGUGCAUUUUUUAAAAGCUAAUGAAUAAACAAAUGUGACCAAAAAUAACAUAAAGAGAAGGAGUGCAGUGAGCAACUUAAUUUGAGGAUUGUGUUUUUUUGUUUUAAGUUUAAUUAUGAAUGAUUUAAGAACAACCGUAUAUACUGAGCCGCCUAUUAUUUAGUCCUCUAAAGCCCAGGAUCCAGGGAUCAAGAUAUCAUCGC